AUGGAUGCAGCCAUGGAACAGCAGACGUAUUGGACUGCAAAACAGAAUUUGGCCCUCUCAAUGGUCAAAGCAGGCCACAAUGUUUACAUCGGCGGUCAGGCUGGGUGCGGCAAGUCUACGCUCGUAACCCAUAUAAUGCAAUGGGCGGAGAAUGAACGCAAAUCGGUCGCAUUAACAUGCACGACAGGUGUUGCUUGCAGCAAUUUCUCACCGGUGUUGAAGCCCAUGACAAUUCACAAGUGGUGUGGAGUUGGGGAUGGCAGGAUGUGUGGUAUAAAAUUAAGGGGGAUGAUGGCAACUGAUGACAGAUUAAUACCUGCACGAAACAGAAUUUUGUCAACAGAUAUCUUAAUAAUUGAUGAGAUUUCCAUGUUCAGCAGAAGAAUGUUUGAUAUGCUUGAAACAGUUUUGCGAAUAAAGGAUACAAGCCACACAUUUGGUAACAUACAGAUAAUAGUUGUUGGUGAUUUUUUGCAACUUCCACCAGUAAGAAAUUUAAGAUAUGAGGACCUGGGUGAGUUUGCCUUUACCAGCAAAUUUUGGCCACCACACAGCAUAUUUUUAGAUUCUGUGUUUAGACAGAGAGACGAAUCUCUCAUAAGCCUCAUCAGAGAGUUAUCUUUAGGGCAACUCAGUAAUGACAGUCAGAAGCUAAUAACUUCUCUAGCCCGGGAAUUGCCACAAGAGGAUGGUAAAUUGGUGAAGCUAUAUGCCACCAACAUAUUGGUGGACCUUCACAACAGAAGUCGAAUCAUGGACCUUGACGGCCAAAUGUAUUCCUUCCAAUCCACAGAUAAAGGAGAUGAACGAGCCCUGAACACUUUGGUGGUAACACCAACAUUAUGGUUAAAGGUAAUAAUAAAAAAAAUAAAGAACAAAUAA